AUGACGAGGGCUACGACGCCGGUGAUGAAGAAGGCUACUCCGGAGGUUUCUGUGAAUAGAACAUUUGUCUUUUGGGACAUCAAGAGUUUUCCGGUUCCCCCUGGCUUUGAUCCACGACGGGUCCGUCAGUGCAUUCAACGGUUGCUAAAGAAUUAUGACUACUCUGGUCCUGUCACCAUCUACGUCGUUGGCAUGAUAACAGACGUCCAUGAUGACAUCCUUCGAGCUCUCUCUUCCACUGGAAUCAUUCUUCAUUACGCCCCCUACGGUACUUCAGACAUCAUGUCCCUUAUGUUUGAGUGCAUGGAAGAUAAUCCACCCCCAGCUAAUAUUUUGGGCAUAUGCUAUCCAAGAGCCUUCGCCACACCUCAGAGUGGAUUCAACCUUUUCAGGCCGUUUCCGUAUUCUUCUGCUCAAGAAGACGCCAUCAGCUGGAUUAACUUAAUUCUGGCAGUGUCAGGGUCACUUAAGCAUGAGGAUACGUUUCCUGAAACAGAUGAAUCUGCCAGCUGGUUUUGCAUAUUAUGCUAUGAUCAUCCCCCUGGUCAAGGCUUUGAUUCUUUCACCAGUCAUCUCUCUUCCCCAGAACAUGUACUUACGAGGAAUGGACACUUGACAAUUGGGGACAAUGAACCCAUGAGUAAAUUCGAGGACGAGGAUGGGAAACCUUCCCCCAUUGUCUGGUGGCGACCAAUGUUUUGUUUGCCUAAAUCUGACCCCGUACGUGUCAAAACCUCUUACCAAAACUUUUCCUUUCUCACUUGUGUAGAAGCCUACCCGGGACGAGGCUGUGGCUGA